AUGGGCUCCCUUGGAUAUACUCAGAAGAAAAUCAGAAUCGCCAUUGAUCGCGGCAGUACUUUCACCGAUGUCCACGCCUACAUCCCCGGCUCGUCCGAGCCCGAGAUGGUCUUCAAACUGUUGUCAGUCGACCCGCGGAACUACAACGACGCCCCGACGGAAGGAAUCCGGCGCGUCUUGUCAUUCUACCGCGGUACUUCAAUUCCGCGCGACGAGCCCUUGGACAUUUCCGACGUGGAGUCGAUCCGCAUGGGUACGACAAUCGCGACUAACGCUCUUCUCGAGCGUCAAGGCGAACGUGUCGCGCUUUUGACUACCAAGGGAUUUCGCGAUCUGCUGGUCAUCGGGAAUCAGGCGCGACCGCACAUCUUCGAUCUCAGCAUUCACAAACUCCAGAACCUGUACGACACGGUGGUGGAGGUCGACGAGCGGGUGACCAUGGAGGAGUUCCUGGAGAACCCCGAGAAGCAGCCGAUCGACAUCGACAGCGACAACGCGCUGGUUGAGGGUUUGACCGGCGAGCCGGUUCGGAUUUUGAAAAGGCCCGACUUGGAUAUCGUCAGGGCGCAACUCGAGGAUCUCCAGGCCCAGGGCAUCAACAGCUUGGCGAUCUGUUUCAUCCAUUCCUAUCUAUACCCGGAUCACGAGAGCCAGGUCGCUCAACUUGCUCGGGAUAUGGGGUUCGACGUCUCCGUCUCAUCAGAGCUUCAACCCACGAUCAAGAUGGUGUCGAGAGGAAACUCGGCCACCGCCGAUGCCUACCUCUCACCCCUGAUCAAGCGCUACGUCGAGAACUUCGGCAGCGGUUUCAAGGGCGGGCUGGAUGCCGUGGCAGGCAGGCUUCUGUUCAUGCAAAGCGACGGCGGUCUCUGCCUGUGGCAGAAGUUCUCCGGGCUGCGUGCGAUCUUGUCCGGCCCGGCAGGCGGCGUCAUUGGCUUCGCGCGUUCGUGCUACGACACUGACAAGAAGAUGCCCGUCAUCAGUUUCGAUAUGGGCGGUACUUCGACGGACGUCAGCCGCUUCUCGGGAUCCUAUGACCACGUAUUCGAGACGGAGACUGCCGAGGUUACGCUCCAAACGCCGCAGCUGGACAUCAACACGGUCGCGGCAGGCGGGGGUUCGAUUUUGCAUUGGAGGAACGGGUUAUUUGCCAUCGGCCCAGACUCCGCCGGAGCACACCCGGGACCUGUUUGCUACCGGAAAGGCGGCCCUCUCACGGUCACCGAUGCCAACCUGUUCCUAGGCCGCCUCCGCCCUGAAUACUUUCCCGCCAUAUUCGGUCCCGACGAGAACGAGCCUCUCGAUUACGAAGCAGCCGCUCGAGCUUUUGAAAAUCUCACCAUCAAGAUCAACGAAGAAGACGGCAAGUCCUUUACCCCGGAAGAGGUCGCGAGCGGCUUCUUGCGGGUGGCCAACGAGAGCAUGAGCAGACCGAUCCGAUCCCUCACCGAGGGUAGAGGCAUCCGCACCUCGGAACACGUGCUGGCGACGUUUGGCGGCGCCGGCGGCCAGCACGCCUGCGACGUCGCCGAAGCCCUGGGCAUCCGCCAGGUGGUGAUCCAUCGGUACUCCUCCAUUCUUUCGGCAUACGGGAUGGCCCUGGCAGACUUGACGCACGAGAUUCAGCGCCCCAGAGCAGCACAGCUAUGCGAUAUGGGUGAUGAACAACUGGCGACGGAGUUCAAUACUCUUACACAGGAGGCUGGUGCCACGCUAACCGCCCAAGGGUUUUCAGACCAGCAUAUCGAAUACGAGCUGUACCUCAACCUACGAUACCAGGGAACCAACAGCUCCCUGAUGAUCCGGAAACCGGUCGACUCCUGGGACUUCGCCGGCAAAUUCGUCAAGCACCAUGAAGAGGAGUUCGGAUUCGUGCUUGACCGAGGCAUUCUCGUCGAGGACAUCCGCGUGCGCGCCCUCGGCAAGACGGCAGGGACCGAGAUACCCAGCGUGUCGUCCGUCCUCGCGGGUCUCGUCACGAGCACCGCAUCUUCGGAAAAGAGCGUCAAACAGACGAGACUCUACACCGGCGGCAGCUGGCACGAGGUGAACCUCUUCAAGCUCGAAGAUCUCGCUCCCGGCGACAAGGUGCGCGGCCCCGCCAUCAUUCUCGACCAGACGCAGACGAUCAUGGUUCAGCGUGAAUGGUCUGCCGUCGUGCUUCCCCACCAUCUCGUGCUGGACCGAGAAGAGUCAUCGCAGUCGGGUGGGACCGCCGAGGUUUCGGAGUACAGUGACGCCAUCGACCCCAUUCAGCUUUCCGUGUUCGGCCACCGGUUCAUGAGCAUCGCGGAGCAGAUGGGGCGCUCGCUCCAGCUGACUUCGGUGUCCAUCAACAUCAAGGAACGCCUCGACUACUCCUGCGCCAUCUUCUCGCCGCAGGGCGGGCUCGUCGCCAACGCGCCGCAUAUCCCCUGCCAUCUCGGAGCGAUGAGUUAUGCCGUGGCCUAUCAAGCCGAAAAGUGGGGGAAGACGCUGCGGCCUGGCGACGUGCUCGUCUCGAACCAUCCCGCGGCUGGGGGAUCUCAUCUUCCGGAUAUCACCGUCAUCUCCCCCGUCAUCGACGAAGACACGAAUGAGGUUUUGUUUUGGACCGCGUCGCGGGCUCAUCAUGCCGAUAUAGGUGGCAUCGCGGCGGGGUCGAUGCCCCCUCACUCGAAGGAGAUCUGGCAGGAGGGCGCCUCGUUCACGUCUUUUAAGCUGGUCAACAACGGAAAGUUUGACGAAGAGGGGCUUUCUGAGAUUAUGUUGAAGAGACCGGCGUCGUACCCGGGAUCAUCUGGCACGAGGACGUGGAACGACAACGUCAGCGACCUGAAGGCCCAGAUUGCGGCGAAUCAGAAGGGCAUCAGACUCAUCCACGAGUCGAUCCGGGAGUACGGACUUGCUACUGUGCAGAAAUACAUGCUCGGCAUCCAGGACAACGCCGAGAAGGUGGUAAGAAACCUUCUCAGGCGGGUCCACGACCAGUUCAGCGGUCUCCCGCUCGAGGCCGAGGACCAGAUGGACGACGGGUCGCGACUGGUACUGAAGAUCCACAUCAACCGCGAGGAGGGCUCUGCCGAGUUCGAUUUCACCGGCACCAGCCGCGAGGUAUACGGAAACCUCAACGCCCCGAGAGCCAUCACGUUCAGCGCAAUCAUCUACGUCCUGCGGUCGCUGGUCAAAGAAGACAUCCCUCUGAACCAGGGCUGUCUUGCGCCAAUCAACGUCAUUCUUCCCGCCGGCACGAUACUGUCUCCUUCUCUGGGGGCGGCGACCGUGGGAGGGAACGUGGAGACGUCGCAACGAGUGACCGACCUCGUGCUGAGGGCUUUCCAGGCCGCCGCAGCCAGCCAAGGCACGUGUAACAACCUGACGUUCGGGUACGGAGGCGAGGUUGUUGACGGGAAGGCGAAGCCGGGCUUUGGGUACUAUGAAACGAUUGCAGGCGGAGCCGGCGCCGGUCCGAGCUGGGCCGGCCAGUCCGGCGUCCAUGUGCACAUGACGAACACCCGAAUCACCGACCCGGAGUCCCUCGAGCGGCGGUACCCAUGCAUUCUGCACGAGUUCGGGAUCAGGAGAGGAUCCGGUGGUCGUGGUGGGUUUCCCGGCGGCGACGGGUGCGUACGACACAUCGAGUUCCGCCGCGACGUGCAAGUGAGCGUCCUCAGCGAGAGACGGUCUGUCCCUCCCUUUGGACUGUGCGGAGGCGAGCCCGGAGCGCCGGGGGAGAAUCUCUGGAUCCGAAAGGACGAGUUCGGGGUUCGAGAGAUCAACCUCGGGGGCAAGAAUACGUGCCAGAUGAGGAAGGGAGACCACAUUAUUAUCAAGAGUCCAGGCGGAGGAGCGUACGGGAAGUUGGUAUUUGCUGGAUAG